GGCCUCGGAUCCAGUCCUAGGGCAGGGUUCAAUCCGGCACCUGGAGCUUGCCGAAGUCCCAGGGGCGGGCGGGGGUGGAAGAUGAGGAGGGUUCCCUGUCGGGGAAGGGGCUUUGAAGACCACGUGGGGGCGCUCGAAGGGUCCUUGGGCCACCCUCCUCUCUGGGUCAAAGGUCAUCGAACCCGCAGGGGAGAACUUCCUCCUCCCUGGCACUCCCCAUUUACUUCCUGAUAACCUGAAAGAGGUCCCCAGCGGGCGGAGGAGGAGGGGAACGGAGCAACUUCUGGCAACUUCCCGUAGGUGACCAGCGCCAUGUCCAGCCAGGUGGUGGGCAUUGAGCCUCUCUACAUCAAGGCGGAGCCAGCCAGCCCAGACAGCCCAAAGGGCUCCUCAGAGACCGAGACCGAGCCCCCCGUGGCCCUGGCCCCCGGCCCAGCGCCCACUCGCCACCUCCCAGGCCACAAGGAAGAAGAGGAUGGGGAGGGGGCUGGGCCUGGUGAGCAGGGUGGUGGGAAGCUGGUGCUCAGCUCCCUGCCCAAGCGCCUCUGCCUGGUCUGUGGGGACGUGGCCUCCGGCUACCACUAUGGUGUGGCAUCCUGCGAGGCCUGCAAAGCCUUCUUCAAGAGGACCAUCCAGGGGAGCAUCGAGUACAGCUGUCCGGCCUCCAAUGAGUGUGAGAUCACCAAGCGGAGACGCAAGGCCUGCCAGGCCUGUCGCUUCACCAAGUGCCUGCGGGUGGGCAUGCUCAAGGAAGGGGUGCGUCUGGACCGUGUCCGGGGUGGGCGACAGAAGUACAAGCGGCGACCAGAGGUGGACCCGCUGCCCUUCCCAGGCCCUUUCCCUGCUGGACCCCUGGCAGUAGCUGGAGGCCCUCGGAAGACAGCCCCAGUGAACGCACUGGUGUCCCACCUGCUGGUGGUAGAGCCCGAGAAGCUGUACGCCAUGCCCGAGCCAGCGGGCCCGGAUGGACACCUCCCAGCCGUAGCUACCCUCUGUGAUCUCUUUGACCGAGAGAUUGUGGUCACCAUCAGCUGGGCCAAGAGCAUCCCAGGCUUCUCGUCACUGUCACUGUCGGACCAGAUGUCAGUACUGCAGAGCGUGUGGAUGGAGGUACUGGUGUUGGGUGUGGCCCAGCGCUCACUGCCACUGCAGGAUGAGCUGGCCUUCGCCGAGGACCUGGUCCUGGAUGAAGAGGGGGCACGAGCAGCCGGCCUGGGGGAGCUUGGGGCUGCCCUGCUGCAGCUGGUGCGGCGACUGCAGGCCCUGCGGCUGGAGCGGGAGGAGUACGUCCUGCUGAAGGCCCUGGCCCUCGCCAAUUCAGACUCUGUGCACAUUGAAGACGCUGAGGCCGUGGAGCAGCUGCGAGAAGCUCUCCAUGAGGCCCUGCUGGAGUAUGAAGCUGGCCGGGCAGGCCCCGGAGGGGGUGCUGAAAGGCGGCGGGCAGGCAGGCUGCUGCUCACACUACCACUCCUUCGCCAGACAGCAGGCAAAGUGCUGGCCCAUUUCUAUGGGGUGAAGCUGGAGGGCAAGGUGCCCAUGCACAAGCUGUUCUUGGAGAUGCUGGAGGCCAUGAUGGACUGAGGCAAGGGGUGGGCAUGGGUGGGGGUGCUGGCAGGACCCGCCCAGCAUGUGGUCAGCCCCAAGGGGGCACAGCUGGGGUCUGGGCAGUGCCACAGCCUGCUGGCAGGGCCAGGGCAAUACCAUCAGCCCCUGGGAGCAGGCCCUACGCCCUCCCCUCCCCCUUCCUUGGGGGUGUUAGAAGCUGGGAAUGUGUUUGCCCAGGCUCUGCACACAGUGCUGCCCCUUGCAAGCCAUAAUGUGCCCCCAGAAAGUAGGGGGUGCUGUGGAAGCCAUAGGGGGCUGCAGGGGAUGUGUGGGGGAGGGGGACAGAAGCCUGAUCUCAGGGAGGGAAGGGAGUGGAGGCCACAGUCUCCCAGCUUUUGCUGCUGCUUAAUCUGACCUCCCCUCCAGAGCAGAGGGGAAUUUGGAGAGCAAAGGUCCUGCCCCCUUGGCUCCUCUCAUCAUUUGCAUUGGGCAUUACUGCCCGCCCCCCCCUCCCCCAAGCAAUAACUCCAAGCAGGCUCCAGCCCCUGGACCCCGGGGUGGUCAGGGCCCCCCAUCAGCUCCCACCCAGCCUCCUCAGGGGGUAGGGAGAGCACUGCCUCGAUGCCCUGCAGAGCAAUAACACUAUAUUUAUUUUUGGGUUUGGCCAGGGCGGCGCAGGGACAUGGGGCAAGCCAGGGCCCAGAGCCCUUGGCUGUACAGAGACUCUAUUUUAAUGUAUAUUUGUUGCAAAGAGAAACCGCUUUUGGUUUUGAACCUUUAAUGAGAAAAAAAAUAUAUCGAGCUCAACAACA